AUGCAUAUACUUGCAUUUGACACAGCAUGGUUUUUGCAGCCAAAUCAACUGUUCCACGUUAUCAGGAACUUGAUCAACAAGGGCUACAGUAAAGCGCGCAAGAAAUACAAUGUCAUCACUUCACCCAGGAUCUUGUCUCCAGAAACGGUGUUGCGAGAUUUGGGCAUAUCCGCAAAUGGAGACUCGGUGUUUAUCAUGUACCUCUUGAUGGACGAAGAUUUGAAACAUGGGAAAAGAGACUUUGCAAAUGAAGAUCUUGAUUCCAGUUUCAAUUGCGAUGUCCCGUUUAAGCAAUUGCAGUUUGCGGAUGUUGCCGUCGAAUACGUCGCGAGCGAUUUCCACCUCGUUGAAGACACGCUCGACUCAUGCAUCGCGACAUUGGCAUUUGCUUCAAUGGACAAUGAGCCAAACGCGUUUGAAUUGACUUGCGUCGCUUCGUUUAUGCCGACUAUGGGCUAUAGAUUUCUCAACUAUGUCUUGAAUGAACAAGUCUUGCCCUUAGAAAUGCUUAACCGGGGCCGAGCCCAAAAAGAGAACCAAGAAGAAAAUAAUGGUAAGCUCGUUAUUAUUGCUGAUUGUGUCGUUGAGCAUGAAUUAGUAAGUUAUUACGAACAAAAAUGCAAAUUUGCCAAAGUAGAUCAAGUGCUCAUUCGCGCUGACGAUGAAAUGAACCUUGAUCCGGACGUAUGGUGGUCUUCAGUUAGAGAUUUCCACUUGGCAAGGGUGCGCAGAACAAUCUUGGUCAGGGCUAAGUGA